GCCGCCGCCGCUACCAUGGGCGACUCGGCUCCGGAGGAACGUCUUCUCUUGGCGGCAGCGUACGUCUAUGAUGCCCAGUACAAUAGGAACAUCCCUUUUGAGACCUCACCACGGGCGGUCAGGCUUUAUUAUCUCUACAACCACUGGACUAUGCAAGCAGCCACCUAUUUCUUUAUAUUUGUAGACCUUGCACUUGCCCUGUUUGAAGAGCCUGCUGUGUACCCACUUCCAUUUUUGGUUACUUCGCUGGCUGAAAUCGUAUGCCUCUUGGUCUUCUUUGGGAGACUUUUCCAUUUUGCCCAGGUUACUCCUCGCAUAGUGUUCUGGAAGGAUACCAAGAACAUCUGCCUCAUUAUAACAAUAUUGGCCACUUUGGUUGACCUAAUUAUCCAUGGAGCUCUUACAGUUUCAAGCAUUCCUGGAAUCCGGUGGUCAAGACCGUUGCGACCCAUCUUUUUAAUCAACUUUGCGGAAAGUCGCCAGAUUCGGCGCGCUUUCCGCAGCAUCCGGAACACUCUGCCUGAGAUCAGCUACGUCUUCCUGCUGUUCAUGUUCAGCGUCCUGAUGUUUUCUCUCAUGGCCCUCAAGCUUUUUGGGGACAGGAAUUUGAAGACUGUGGAAGGUGUGCCCUAUUUCACCAAUUACCUUGAAAUUGUGUUUGAUAUGUAUGUGCUGGUGACCACAGCAAACAGUCCUGAUGUCAUGAUGCCAGCAUAUGACUUUAGUUGGUGGUAUUGCUUGUUUUUCAUAGUCUAUGUUAUAAUCAACACGUACAUCUUCAUGUCGGUCUUCUUGGCUGUUGUCUACAACAACUACAGAAAACACUUAAAAAACGAAAUCCGCAAACUCGCUUACAUGAAACGUCGCAAGAUGAUUGAAGCCUUCAACCUCUUGAAUGUCAAAGAGGGAGCAGCAUUUGUGGUCAAAGAAGGCCAGUGGAAGCAUCUUGUAAAGCUGGUGGCACCUGGAAUCAGCGCUUCCCAUCGAGAGCUCCUCUUAAGGAUCUCUGAUGAAGAACAGAAAGGCUGGGUGGACAAGAAAUCUUUUGUACGCCUAGCUGAUCUGUUAAAUAUACAGGUUAUCACAAUAAAACUUCACAGCCACCCUCUGGACAUCUGGUUUCCUCACGUAUACAACUCUGCUCCCAGCCUGUUCAUACGCAAUAUGGUCCGGCACAAGGGAUUUGUUUGGCUGUAUGACAUAAUCAUAUUAAUCAAUGCGGUCUUCAUUGCCCUGGAUGAGAGGAACCCCUACAUUUCCUAUGCGGAGUGGGUGUUCCUUUGCCUGUACAUAGCAGAGAUCCUCCUGAAAUUGUAUACCUAUGAACCCAGGACCUUCUUUGCAAGAAAUCAGUUCUGGAACUGGUUUGAUACUUUGAUCAUUAUUGCAGCUUUGGUGGCAACUGUACUCAACACUGCACUUAAAUCAGUGACUGUAUACAACAGCCAACAAAUACUGGACAUUGUGUUUAUCCUGCGUGUUCUUAGGCUCAUAAGAAUUAUCGACAGUAUACAAAGGUUUCGUGUCAUCAUGAACACACUAGUAAACAUCAUACCGACAAUGCUAACCUUUGGUGGGUUGGCUCUGGUGGUGUAUUACAUGUUUUCCAUUGUUGGGAUGGAGAUCUUUAAAGGGAAGGUCCGGUUCUUUACUGGAAACGCCACUGCAAAGGAGGCCCUGUACUGCGGGAAUCCUGCUUUGAAGGAUACUGCUUUUGCCCGAGCCAGAUAUUGCAAGAAUAACUUCAAUGACAUUGCCUCAUCUUUCAUUGUCCUUAUGGAAUUAACGGUGGUCAACCAGUGGCAUGUCCUUGCCAGUGGAUUUGCCCAUGUGACUCACCAGGCAGCAAAGCUGUACUUCAUCACCUUUCACAUUGUCGUCGUUAUCAUGAUUAUUAACAUCUUUAUAGCAUUCAUUCUGGAAGCUUUCUUUGUGGAGUAUUCUCUCGAGAAGAGUGAAGUAGAGACCGCCAUUGAGAAAAAAAUUCAAGAACUUGGUGUAGGGAUCCAAGAGGAUGAACUGCUAGAUGGUACACUGUUAGACAACAUGGAAACUAGUGAAAAUGAUAUUGGAGGUGGAGAUGGAAUAACAGGGAAGAAACCUAAAGGACUGAUGUUUAAAAUUGCUUCCAAAAGAUACCGGACUGUUGACGCUUUACUUCAACGCAUGUUUGAAGCGGAAAUACCUCCUGAGGAAGAAGGGCCUUCACUGGAUGAGAUCUUGAAUCUUUCCCCGAAUGACAGCUACCCAAAAAACCCAACCUUAGACAGUGCUGCUUAAUACAAAGAAUGAAAGGAAACAACAGGAAACGCCUCAGAGACGGUAGCUUUUCCUUUUUCAGACUUCUGUGGUUCACUAAACGGCCAUCUUUGGAGCUGCCACUGGGAUCCUCUACCACUUGCAACUAAGAGGUCUUUGGUGUUCUGCUUGCCGAUCCUUCCCUCCAGCGACCCAAACAUUCCACAGUCAUCAGUAUUUUUUUAAAGAAAAAUUCCACCAUGUAUAUGUGAAAAGUCUUAUUUUUAUAAAUGGAAAACCAUAUCAUAUGUGCCUAAAAUACUUGACUUUAUCAAUAGCCAGUUACACAUCUAGCAUGCUACCUAAAUGCAUAGUAUUAAAACUUGCAGACAAAAAAAUCUUGUAUUUAAAAUUGUAAUCCAGA